AUGGUUGACGAAAAGGUCCGCUACGAACACCUGCCCAUCCCUACCUAUGAGGAGGCCACCUCAUCUCGGCCGGUUUCCUCGCAAUCGCGACUCGGUCCCGAAGAGAUCAGCGACGAUGCCGAACGGCAAGGUCUCCUCCGCCCUGGGUCGAACGGCAAUUACCAACCACCAACCAUCGAGUCUGUCCGGCCGAGUCUAGACUCGCUCGAUGGCAUUGAACACGAUGGCGAAGACGAAGUGCGGAGGGAGAUGGAACAAAUGGAGAUUGAAGAUCCUCAGAGCGAUGCCGCCGCAACCCGAUCCCUUCUUCGAUACCGGCUCUCCAAGCGCUUCUCCAGCUUCACCAAUUCCUUCUCCUCGCUCUCCCUCCCCUCCUUCCGCCAGUACCUCUCGAAGUUGGCAUGGCCCCGGAUCAACUACCAGCAGCUAGAGGCGAACCGCGUCGUCAUUAUCGGACGAUUGUUUGGUGUCUUUCUGAUCAUGGGCGUUCUGUACGCCCUGAUAGCCUCCGACGUCUUGUCGUUUACCAAGAACAGAAUGGGCAUAGGUCAGAUGUAUGACCCGGAAUCCGUGCGAGUAUUCGUACAAAAGCAUAUGAACGGGCAUGGUCACAUGCAGAAAUACUUGGAGCACAUUACGGACUUUCCGCAUGUGGCGGGUACCGAAGGCAAUUAUGUUCUUGGAGAAUGGGUGGCCGAGCUCUUCAAAUCUUCAGACCUGGAAGACGUAAACAUGGAAAGAUUUGAUGUCUAUCUAAACUAUCCCCGGAAAGACGGGAGGAGAGUCGCAAUCGUGGAACCCGAAGAUUUGAAAUGGGAGGCCAGGGUGGAAGAGGAUCAAGAACAAUCGUACGUCUUCCACGGGCAUUCGAAAAGCGGCGAUGUGACUGGUCCUCUGGUGUACGCCAACUUUGGUUCCAGGGCCGACUUCAAGACGCUGGCCGAGAGUGGAAUCUCGGUCAAAGAUGCGAUUGUCCUUGUUCGGUAUUACGGUUCUGAAGGCGACCGCGCGCUGAAGGUCAAAGCUGCCGAGCUGGCCGGCGCAUCUGGCUGCAUCAUUUACUCGGAUCCUGCACAAGACGGCUUCGUUGUGGGCCCAACAUUUCCGGAGGGUCGAUUUAUGCCGGAAGACGGUGUCCAGCGUGGAGCCGUCAGUCUGAUGUCUUGGGUGGUGGGAGAUGUACUCACCCCGGGCUGGGCUUCAACUCCUUCGAACCAAGAACGGUUGAAUCCGGAAGACAGCCCCGGACUCAAUCGGAUUCCCUCGAUUCCGAUAUCCUGGAAUGAUGCGAAACACUUGCUGGAAGCGAUCAAGGGCCAUGGCAAGCAAAUGACCGAUACUUGGCAGGGUACCCCAAACACAGAAUACUGGACUGGGGAUCAGACUUCACCCAGGGUCAACCUCAAAAACAUCCAGGAUGAGGAGGUGCGGCAGCCGAUCUACAACGUGCUCGGUAAGAUUACAGGCUGGGAAGAACCCAAAAACAAAGUUGUCGUGGGCAACCACCGGGAUGCCUGGUGUACAGGUGCCGCCGAUCCCGGCAGUGGAACGGCAAUCAUGCUAGAAGUCAUCCGCAUCUUUGGCGAGCUGCGCAAACUCGGAUGGCGACCACUGCGAACCAUUGAAUUCGCCAGCUGGGAUGGUGAAGAGUAUAAUCUGAUCGGGAGCACAGAGCAUGUCGAGGAUCGUCUAGCCGAGCUUCGCGAAGACGCGGUGGCCUAUGUCAAUGUUGACGUCGGUGUCACAGGCACCGACUUCCAUGCAGCAGCAUCGCCGGUUUUCGCACGAAUGCUGGAACAUGUUCUCGACCGGGUCGGCGAUCCAGACACGGGCCACACGAUCCGUGAGAUCUGGGAUGAAUCCAAUCGUGGCCUGGAAGGGCUGGGUGCGGGAAGCGAUUAUGUCGCCUUCCAAGAUAUCGCCGGCACCUCGUCGAUCGACAUGUCCUUCAAGGGACCGAAAUUCCCUUAUCACAGCUGCUACGACAAUUUCGAGUGGAUGUCGAAAUUCGGUGAUCCGGACUGGAAAUACCAUAAAACCAUGGGCGAGAUUUUGGCGUUGAUGAUCCUCGAACUGGCGGACAAGCCAUUAUUGCCAUUCGACCUGAGCGGAUACGCAAAAGACAUCUCGAAAUACAUCGAAGACUUGGACACCUAUGCAAAGUCCGCCCCGACCGCGAAUGACCAGAACCCCGUGAACCUCGCCCCUCUUCGUGAAGCUUCGGACCUGUUCGCCCAGGAAGCCGACACGUUCCACCUAUUCGACAACACCUGGCGCAACUUUGUCUUUGGUGCAGGCGGCUUUGAAACUACCGCCAUGGGAAACGCCCGCGGCCAACAUAACAGUCGCAUGGCGCAUUUCGAAACCGACCUUCUCGAUCUGAGCGAGGGCGGCGGCCUCGCCAACCGCACGCAGUUCAAGCAUGUCCUCUUCGCACCGCAGGCCUGGUCGGGCUACGAUGAAGCCUAUUUCCCGGGGAUCCGUGAUGCCAUCGAUGCCGCGGACUGGGUGGAGGCGCAGCACCAGGUUGAGAAGGUGGCGGGGAUUCUGGAGGCCGCUGCGAAGAAGUUGAAUGCCUCCUAA